AUAUUGUGGGGGGAACUUGAAGGCUGCCUGCUUACACUUGCUCCCGCGCUUUCGCCAUCCAGUUCACCUCGCCAGCAUGUCUCAGGCUGAAUUCGACAAAGCUGCCGAGGAGGUGAAGCGCCUCAAGACUCAGCCAAGUGAUGAAGAGAUGCUCUUCAUCUACAGCCACUUCAAACAAGCCACCGUGGGUGAUGUAAAUACAGAUCGGCCCGGGCUUUUGGACCUCAAAGGCAAGGCCAAGUGGGAUUCCUGGAAUAAGCUGAAAGGAACUUCCAAGGAAAGCGCCAUGAAAGCCUACGUGGAAAAAGUGGAAGAGCUAAAGAAGAAAUACGGAAUAUAGAAGACCAGAUUUGGUGGCCAGCCACACGUGUGACCUGUGAGGACAUAAUGCCUUGU